AUGGGACGGGCCUGGGACACCCACUGCACAGCAACUAACACACACCCAAACUCGACUGGCCUAGGUUGGGUGGACGGGACGGGCCUGGGACAUCUCGACACACGACUAGACACAGUAGACCAAACACCCACACGCGACUGGCCUAGGUUGGAACACCCACACGCGACUGGCCUAGGUUGGGUGGAUGGGAUGGGCCAGGGUAGCGACACUCAACUAUACACUGUAGACCUAACACCCACACGCGACAGGCCUCGGUUGGGCGGAUGGGACGGGCCUGGGACAACAACACGCCACACACAACACAGCGCGACAACACUUCUGGCCCACGGUAGGGUGGAAGGGACGGGCCUGGGACAACAGAGCACAACUCGACAACACAACACAGACUCAUACGGGUCUGGCCUCAUGGUUGGGUGGAUGGGACGGGCCUGGAAGACUCUAUUAUAUACACUUACUCCUAUAUACGACAAACGCGACAACUUCUCUGGCCCCAUGGUUGGGUGGAUGGGUCGGGCCUGGGACAACAACUCGCCACAUACAACACAGCGCGACAACACUUCUGGCCUCAUGGAUGGCCUUGAGCGAACCAAGGCGCGGUUGGUUGGUAGGGACGGGUUGGGUCACUUCGGUGACCCGGCACUGGGCCUCCAGCGUAUCAAGCCCUGCACUAAGUCCUCCAGCGAACCAGGCCCUGCUUUGGUUAGCUGGCUGGCACAGGCUGGGUCACCGGAUUCAACAUCCAACACACAGGUUCACACAGUGAACCAGGCCUCGGUUGGGCGGUCGGGACGGGCCUGGGACAUCGGAUUUCAACAUCAUCACACACAGGUUCGCAGCAGUGAGCCAGGCCUCGGUUGGGCGGUUGGGAAGGGCCUGGGACAUCGGAUUCAACAUCCAUCACAUUGGUUCGCUGCAGCGGACCAGGCCUCGGUUGGGUGGUUGGGACGGGCCUGGGACAUCGGACACGAGGGGUGGAGGGUUUGGAUCAAGUUUUACCGCUCCAACAACCCAAGCCUUGGUUGGGUGGUAGGGUCGGGCUUGGGAUAUCGGAUUCAACAUCCAUCAAAUAGCUCACUGCAGUGGUGGACCAGGCCUCGGUUGGGUGGCUGGGACGGGCCUGGGACAUCGGACACAGGGGUGGGGGUUGGAGGCAUGGACGGGCUUGGGUUAUCGGAUUCAACAUCCAUCAUACAGGUUCACUGCAGUGGUGAACCAGGCCUUGGGUUCACUGCAGUGGUGAACCAGGCCUUGUGUUGGGGCAAGGCUGCAUUAUCGACUGACUGUAGAGAGUUACCCGACAAAACACCAUGCCCUGGUUGGGUGGAUGGGAAGGGCUUGGGAUACCGACUAACCACAACAGCACAGCUCACCACUGCAGUGGACCAGGCCUCAGAUGGGUGGACGGGACGGGCCUGGGACAUACUAACCUCUACAGUUCACCACUGCAGUGAACCGGGCCUCGGCUGGAUGGACGGGACGGGCCUGGGUCAUACUAACUUUAGCAACAUAGAUCCAACAUCCUUCAUACUGGUUCACCACUGCGGUGAACUAGGCCCUGGUUGGGUGGCAGGGACGGGCCUGGGUCAUCGGACACGGGGAGGGGGGGCUUUGGGUUGUCACGCUUCGAAGAACCAGGCCUCGGAUGGGCGGUUGGGACGGGCCUGGGCAUCGGAUUCAACAUCCACUAUACAGUUCACCACUGCAGUGAGCCAGGCCUCGGUUGGGCGGCUGGGACGGGCCUGGGACAUCGGACACGGGGGAGGGGGUGUGCAAGUAAUAUCUGAUGAUAGGGUGAAGGGUUGA